ACCCCCAAGAAGGGGGAAUCUCGCUGGGACCGACGGUUCCCCAUCCCUCCUCCAGGGGGCGCCUUCCGGCAGUCCCUCACAGCAGCUCAUUUCCUCCUCCAGGAGAAGGCCGAGUGCCAUUUCUUCAACGGGACGCAGCGGGUGCGGUUCCUGGAGCGGCACUUCUACGACCGGCAGGAGAUCGACUACUUCGACAGCGACCUCAGGAAAUAUGUGGCCGUCACUCCGUUGGGGCAGCCCUUUGUGGACAACUGGAACAGCGAUAAGGUCAUCAUGCAGAUCAAGAGGGCCGAAGUGGAUUCCUUCUGCCGACACAACUACGAGGGUCUCCAGAGAGAUUCCGUGGUUGGCCGGAGAG